UGCAGCCAGUGGGUGUUGCAAGAGGAGGAGGGAAGGAGAGCAAGACAGUGAGCUUUAGAGAGAGAGAGAGAGCGAGAGAGAGGACGAGGACAGGCAGAGAACCAGAGCUAGUGUUAUAGAGAGAGAGCACGAACACUCAACAAGAUAAUAGGAGAUACGCGUGGGAACAGUAGCCCACAGGAAAGGCAAAGAUAGAGACAGAGCAGGGGAGCCGGUGUGCAAAACGUACGUGUCAUAGCCUGUGGGUCUGUCUGUGUGAGUGUGUGAGUGUGUGUGUGCGUGAGAAAGCUCAGUGUGUUUCCACGGUUCUCCUGAGGCCGUGGCAGCCAUGGCGUCAGAGCCAAGCACCCAGUCCAGGGUGAUGUUCCAGGCAGCGGACAAAACAGAGGAGCCGGCGCACCGCAAGCUGGGCAAGCUGACAGUCAAAUACAACCGCAAGGAUCUGCAGAGGAGGUUGGACAUUGAGGAGUGGAUCGACGGGCAGCUGCACCUGCUGUUUGACUGUGAGGAGGAAGAGAUACCAGAGUUAGAGAUUGACAUAGAUGAGCUCCUGGAGCUGACAGACGAGGGGCAGAGAACCCGGCUGCAGGAGCUGUUGCAGGAAUGCGGAAAGCCAAAAGAGGACUUUAUCAACGGGCUGCUCUACAGGAUAAAGGGUUUACGCAAAAUGUCAGGUCCCUUGAAGAAAUAAUUAUAGGUCAAAUAAAGAAUUGAGACAAUGUGGAGCCUCUUAUCUUCCCAUGCGUUAACUGUUUGGAUGCCUGUAUGUGCGGUUCAAAUGUCUGUGGGACUAUCUUUCUGCCCUCUGCACCCUUCCAGAGUCAGCAUCAGUCUAGCACCAGAGCAGUAGGGUCUUGAAUGGAUUCUUUUUUAUUAUUAUUUCACUUUAAUUUAUGGACUGCUAUAACACUUUGUCUCCCAUAAACAAACCAAUAAUGAACAUGUGAUAAAAGCUGUAUAGACUAUUACUCAGAGACGGACUGCUUUUUUUUUUUUUUUUGUGCAAGACUGUACAUUUUCGGUUGCCUAUUUAUGUACAUAAAUUUUUUUUUUGUUCUGAUAACAGUGUUGUAUGUCAAAAUAAAACUGAACAUUUUCAAGACAAGGCUGUUGAUGAAUAAUAAAAAAGGGGUUACAUCUGACAGCAUCUGUCAGGCAUUAUUCACGCACAGAAAUAAAUAUUGACAUGUCCAUUACACUCAUCAAUUUAAAGUACCAAUGAUCUAUCUACUAUCCUGUUAUCAUAAUUGCACUUUAUUACUGCUCUAAAACACUUAUUUGCUUUUAACAGUGAUUAUGUUCUACUGUCUAGAGACAACUACAAGACUUUACUGUAAUACAGCUGUCAGCACAUCAUUCCCAGAAUACAAGCUUCUGUUUUCCGCCGUAAAUUUUUCAACAAAGUGAUGUAAACAAAGGAGACGUUGACAUGUCAGGUCGAGGAGUAAACACAGUGAAAUCAGCAGCAGGAAGGUCCAUUAAGAAUGCAUCCAUUAUCCUCAUCCAUUUCCUGUCUGUGAUGUACGUCUGACACGGCCAGAAAAGGCAAACACAGUAACGGCCUCCAUACAAACCUUAAUGGAGCAAGCCCCUAGAGGAGAGUGUAAUUGCGGUUUCUCCCCAGUUAGCUCGACAGUAAUGCACACUGAUGAAACUGCACUCUGGCCUUCUCUGUCAUACGCAGGGGGUCUUUCGUCUGAGGGCUCCAUUAUAGUAAUUUGCUUGGUUCGUCCCCACUUUCACUCUUGCCUCUCUGACACAUACCAUAAGACUGCAUUUCUGACAAGGCCCGUCAGCCUGAGACAUUUUUGUUGAGUGAUCAAAAAA